AUGCUGGUUGGCAAGAUGUUCUCCCUUCGUACCGCCGUGAGGAGAGCUUCAACCAGCAAGCCUCUCCGAGCGUUCUCCGCACCGCACGCCGUUUCUACAGCGAGACUAGGCGCUCGUCACUCCCUGAAAGCCUCCGCGGUCCCAUUGCUGCAGGGCCGCCAUUAUUCCCGCGCCGCCGAUCCACAGCUUUCCUCUACUCGCUCCACCGUCGUCCAGCUGCUAAGCAAUAUCGGUUCCAAACGUGAGGUCCAGCAGUACCUCUCCCACUUUACGUCGGUAUCUUCCCAACAAUUCGCAGUGAUCAAGGUCGGCGGUGCUAUCAUCACCGAGCACCUUCAGACUCUUUCGUCUGCGCUUGCCUUCCUGAACCAUGUCGGACUCUACCCGAUUGUUGUCCAUGGUGCUGGACCUCAAUUGAAUCGCAUGUUAGAAGCCGCUGGUGUGGAGCCCCAGUUUGAGGAUGGGAUUCGUGUGACCGACGGCAAGACUCUGGCGCUUGCUAGGAAGCUGUUUUUGGAGGAGAACCUGAAGCUGGUCGAGGAAUUGGAGCGCAUGGGAGUAAGGGCCCGUCCUCUUACUGCAGGUGUCUUCUCCGCCGACUACCUCGACAAGGAGAAGUAUAACCUAGUCGGUAAGAUCAAUGGUGUCAACAAGAAGCCAAUUGAGUCUGCCAUCGAAGCUGGCUGUCUCCCAAUCCUGACCUCCAUGGCGGAAACACCAGACGGCCAGGUUUUGAAUGUUAACGCUGAUGUGGCUGCUGGUGAGCUGGCGCAUGCACUCCAGCCUCUCAAGAUCGUCUACCUUGCCGAGAAGGGUGGGCUGUUCAACGGUGAUACGGGCGAAAAGAUUUCUGUGAUCAACCUCGAUGAAGAGUACGACCACUUGAUGAGUCAGUGGUGGGUGCGUCAUGGUACCCGUCUGAAGAUCAAGGAGAUGAAGGAACUUCUCAGUGACCUCCCUCGUACUUCCAGCGUUGCCAUCAUCCACCCGGCUGAUCUGCAGAAGGAGCUGUUCACGGAUUCGGGCGCUGGUACCUUGAUCCGCAGGGGUAACAAGGUGCACACCAAGGCCUCUCUUUCGGAGUUCGAGGACCUGGAGAAGCUCAAGGAUGUUUUGGUUCGCGACCGGGAGGGCUUGGAUGCCCGAGCCACCGUUAACCGCUAUGUGGAAGGCUUGAAGGAGCGUGACUUCAAGGCGUACUUCGAUGAGCCUAUGGAGGCUUUGGCUGUUGUUUUGCCUCCCCGGCAGGAUGCUUCUUCCCCAUUGGCUCACUUGGCUACUUUCACCAUAACCAAGUCUGGAUGGCUGACUAACGUGGCCGACAAUGUCUUUGCCGCCAUCAAGAAGGAUUUCCCUAAGCUUGUGUGGACUGUUAAGGAAGACGACGAGAAUCUGACCUGGUUCUUUGAUAAGGCUGAUGGUAGCCUGAGCCGCGAGGGAGAGGUCCUCUUCUGGUACGGCAUUGAGAGCGGCGAAGAGGUCAAGCAGCUGGUCCAGGAGUUCAACGAGCACGGCCGUCAGAUGUUCGGCGAUAUCAACCUCGAGUCGAGGCUGCACCGCGCCGCCCAGGCUGCCACCAAUAUUGGCAAGGGAUUUGGUGUCAGCGGUGCUUCCGUUGAGCAGAAGCGUGCGUUAUCCACUAGUAGCAACGUUCUGCGGUCUGCUCGUUUUGGACGCCCAUCGGUUUUCAACAAGAGCUCGGUCCGGGCUUAUUCCACAACUAACCCUAACCCACCCCUUGGGGAGAAGAACAUGUCUAACACCCAGCCGUCCAAGGUUGCUCUCAUUGGAGCCCGUGGUUACACUGGUCAGGCCCUGAUCAAUCUGAUCAAUGCCCACCCCCACAUGGAUCUCCGCCACGUUUCUUCUCGCGAGCUGGCUGGCAAGAAGUUGCAAGGUUAUGAUAAGAGAGAGAUUAUCUACGAGAACCUCAGCCCCGAGGAUGUCAAGCGUAUGUCUGCGAAUGGCGACGUUGACUGCUGGGUUAUGGCCUUGCCGAAUGGUGUCUGCAAGCCAUUCGUCGAGGCUGUGGAUCAAGGUUCGGAGAAGGGUAAUGUCAUUGUUGACUUGAGUGCCGACUACCGUUUCGAUAACAAGUGGACUUACGGUCUGCCCGAGUUGGUCUCCCGCUCUAAAAUCGCUCAGGCAUCCCGGAUCGCCAACCCUGGUUGCUACGCGACAGCGGCUCAGAUCGCUAUCGCUCCCCUCGUUCCCCAUCUCGGUGGACAGCCUACCGUUUUUGGUGUCUCUGGAUACUCGGGCGCUGGUACUAAGCCAAGCCCCAAGAACGAUGUGGAGAACCUUACCAACAAUAUCAUCCCUUACAGCUUGACUGAUCACAUUCACGAGAAGGAGAUCAGCUCUCAGCUGGGCACCAGUAUUGCCUUCAUUCCUCAUGUUGCUGUUUGGUUCCAGGGAAUUCAUCAAACCAUCAGUAUUCCUCUGAAGGAGGACAUGACCUCCCGUGAUAUUCGCAACAUUUACCAGGAACGUUAUGCCGGUGAAAAGCUUGUCAAGAUCAUCGGUGAACCCCCGGUAGUUAAGAACAUUGCUGGCCGCCAUGGUGUUGAGGUGGGCGGAUUCGCUGUUCACUCUAGCGGCAAGCGCGCAGUGGUGUGCGCCACCAUCGAUAACCUGCUUAAGGGCGCAGCCACUCAGUGUCUCCAAAACAUGAACCUCGCCCUCGGAUAUGGCGAGUACCAGGGUAUCCCUUUGGAAUAA